AUGUCACACGCACGAAUAGAAGAAGUUAGCGAUAGUGACCUAGAUAGCGACCCCGCCGAGGAGGAUAUUUCCGACCUUGAUUCUGACUUCGACGAGCGCGAAAUCCUUAGACGCCGCGAGCCUGCCUCGGGUCCACGGUCAUCCCAAGCGCCUCCUCCACGAUCCGCCGCCUCCCUGAUCAAUCCCACUAAUAUCCCUUCAUCCACCAAUACGCCUCAGAUAACGACCGCCAGCGAUGGCACCCAGUUCCAUACCACGGAAGAUGACAGCAAGUACAAGGACUUCCAGUGCAUAUACCCCGUGUAUUUCGAUAGAACGCGGAGCAGGCAUGAAGGCAGGAUGGUAGGAAAAGAAUUAGCGGUGCCAAAUCCUCUCGCUAGAUCGAUUGUUGCUGCCUGUGGGAGGCUGGGGCUCGAGACGCUGUUUGAGCCCGCAAAAUUACAUCCCAAAGACUGGGCUAAUCCUGGACGCGUGAGGGUUAGGAUAAAGGGGGGAAACAACUCAACCGUGAAGAAUAAACACCAUCUCUACAUCCUAAUCUCCCAAUAUCUCAAAGCGAACCCAACGACAGAAGAAGCAGCAAUACGAGUUCGUAUCCCAGGGGUCCAGCCUCCCGACCCAACGAAACCAUAUCCAAAACCAGCAGCCCCAAAAGGAUGGAAAAUGGGCACCAUAUUACCGUAUUAUAGCCCUGCCAUCACGGGUGGUGGUGUCAGUGAGAAUUUCUUGAAAGAUAUGAUGUCUGAGAUGCAAGGUGCGGGUGGAAUGCCGAAUCUUGGCGCAUUACAAGGUAUGAUGGGCGCAGAUGGUCCGGGUGGAGGUGCUGCCUCCUCAUCUAGUGGCGGAGAAGCAAAGAAAAAGGACAAGAAGAAGAAAGUUAAGGUGUGA